AAAAUUUGAACUUGUCUAAAUAAACAGAGUUUAUAUUUUCUUCUGCAAGUGAUGAAUAGAUUGAAUGUGUUAUGGCUGUCAAGUGCGUCAGCACGUGGUCCAGCUCAUGAAUAUUAAUUAGCGCUAAAAACUGAACCUAUAGUGUCGGGUCACGUAAUUCAUAUUCAUGAGGAAAGCUUUCGCUGUUUGUUGUUAAGGGCGACCAAACUACCAGACACGUUUGCAAACGUGCGGCUUCUUCUUAUACAUUUUAAACAUUUAAUUAUGAAUCCAUUUCCACAGUUAUUAGAAAACUGUCUCAUUGACACGAAACAUGUAGAGUGUGCGGCGAUAAUCGUGGCUAAAAGUGGCGACAUAACGGCUGCUUCCAAAAACUUAACACUGUCUUCAGAACAAGUUAAGGUAUUUGUAGACGCUUUUAAGCACGUGAAUGUAACGCGGCAAAGAGGACUCGGCUAUAAAGGCAAACUUUACACCUGUGUACGGGCUGACAGACAUUCAAUAUACUCCAAAUGUGAAGGAAGUGGCUUGAUAGUGGUGAGAACGGCACUGUUUGUGAUAGUUGCUACUUACUCAAAGGACAUGUAUCCCGGUAUCUGCGUGGAAGCAGUUGAGAAACUAGCCGAAUAUCUACGAGAAAAGGAUAAAUGAGGCUCAUCGUAUCUGACCUGAAGAGAUGACACUCAUGAACAAGACUCAAGCAUGAAUGAAUGUGGAAACCUGAGGAUGGUGCCAAUUGUCUUUUGAUAAAAGAAAACAAGUGAGAAAACAUUGGUUUUGAGAACAUUUAGUACGAUUUUAAUUUACAGAUUUGGCAUUUUUUUAAAUAUAAACACAACACCAGUUUACACACCUUAGCACUUAACAUAAUAAAACACCAACUCAACUGCCAAAAACGUAGGCAACAAGAUCUUUCACAGAAAGAAUAUAGAGACAAAAUCGGUUUCAAAUACCCAACUAAACAUUAUGGUUGUUGGUUAUAUUAACAGGAAACCUGUUGCAAUCAAGGGGGAUAACAUUCUUACAUUAAUUAGCUUAUCAGAACUUGUUUAAAUUAGACUGAAUAAUGUGGUUAAGUAACGUAACGUAAGACUGUAACCAGAAAGAAA